AUGGAGAAAGGAAAGACAAGUGUUACUUACAAUGCAGAAAGAGUCAUAGGAAAUGGAUCUUUUGGAGUUGUAUAUCAAGCUAGAGUUUCUGAAACAGGAGAAGUAGUCGCUAUUAAGAAAGUGUAUCAGGAUAAAAGAUAUAAGAAUAGAGAACUUCAAAUUAUGAAAGAACUUUUCCAUCCCAAUGUCAUUACUAUGAAGCAUGCUUUUUAUACAAGUGGAGAUAAGACAGACGAGGUAUACUUGAAUGUGGUCAUGGACUAUGUCCCAGAGACUGUUUAUAGAAUAAUGAGACACUAUGUGAAGAUGAAGCAGAGUGUUCCCAUUCUUUUAGUCAAACUCUACGCUUACCAAAUGUUCAGAUCUCUCGCUUAUAUUCACUCCUUAGGUAUUUGUCACAGAGAUAUUAAGCCUCAAAAUUUGCUUGUUGAUCCAGCAACUCAUAUUCUGAAACUUUGAGACUUUGGGUCUGCCAAAAAGCUUAUCAAAGGAGAGCCAAAUGUUUCGUACAUUUGUUCAAGAUAUUAUAGAGCUCCAGAGCUAAUCUUUGGAUGCCAGGACUACAACUGCAUUAUAGAUGUGUGGAGCGUCGGCUGUGUCAUUGCAGAACUGAUGCUCGGGCAACCAUUAUUCCCAGGAGAAAGUGGAGUGGAUCAGCUAGUAGAAAUUAUCAAGGUUCUAGGAACCCCAACAAAGGAACAAAUCAUGGCAAUGAAUCCAAACUAUACCGAGUUCAAGUUUCCUCAGAUCAAAGCACAUCCUUGGAGAAAAGUGUUCAGAUCAAAGACUCCUGCAGAUGCAAUUGACUUCAUGUCCAAAGUGCUAGUCUACGAUCCAAACGAGAGAUUACAGCCAAUGGAAUGCUUGCUGCAUUCAUUCUUCGACGAACUCAGAGAAGAAGGUACCAAACUACCCAACGGAAACCCUCUGCCAGAUCUAUUCAACUUCACUAAGGAAGAAAAGUCAACAACAACUGCUGAAGUGAUAGAACAGCUGACUCCAUCAUGGUACACAGGAGGGCUGGAAUAAGAAACCGCUGUUUAUUAAAAUUUCUCAAUCUACAACUUUGAUAU